UCUUUCCUUCCCUCAAAUCUUUAGCUUCUUCAUCAUGGAACUUUCUACCAUUAAUUCACCUAAAACUCAUCACAAUAAACUAAUUUCUGAUGAUGAUCCUCCACUACCAACAAUGCAACUUCAAAGAUCCAAGGGUGGUCUUGUAACCAUGCCAUUUAUUAUAGCAAAUGAGGCAUUGGAGAGGGUGGCAACUUUUGGGGUUUUACCAAAUAUGACAUUUUAUUUGAUGAAAGAGUAUAGUAUGGGAGUUACCACUGCACAAAAUUUACUCUUUUAUUGGUCAUCAGCUACCAAUUUCUUGCCACUUAUUGGAGCUUUCAUAGCAGAUUCAUAUCUUGGACGCUUCCUUACCAUUGGAUUUGGUUCCAUCUUCAGUUUCUUGGGGACAAUUGUGUUGUGGUUAACUGCAAUGAUUCCGAAAGCAAGGCCUCCCCCUUGCAAUCUUCUAGUGUCAGGUCAGGCAUGUAAAUCUGCAACAACAGCUCAAUAUACAAUCUUGAUCUCCUCGUUUAUGCUUAUGUCGAUUGGUGCUGGUGGUAUUAGACCAUGUUCGUUAGCAUUUGGUGCAAAUCAGUUUGAUAAGCGCGAUACUAAUGGUAAUAUCAAACGCGUGUUGGAGACUUAUUUUAACUGGUACUAUGCUGCCGUCAUGAUCUCUGUUCUUAUUGCUAUGACUGGCAUUGUAUAUCUUCAAGACCAUAUGGGGUGGAAAAUCGGAUUUGGUGUUCCUGUGGUUAUUAUGUUCUUCUCUGCUUUCCUCUUUUUUCUUGCUACUCCGCUUUAUAUCAAGGAAAACGUGAUCAACAAUUUGUUGGGUAGAUUUGUUCAGGUCAUUGUCGUUGCUUAUAAGAAUAGGAAACUUGCAUAUCCUGAACAGAAUUCUGGUUACCAUUACAAUAAAGGUUCAGAAUUUAUCGUGCCAACGAGCAAAUUAAGGUUUUUGAACAAAGCUUGCAUUAUAAAAUCCUCUGAAGAUGUUAAGCAAGAUGGUGUAGCAGUCGAUUCGUGGAGUCUUUGUACAGUUGAGCAAGUUGAGGAGCUAAAGUCCCUCGUUAGAGUGAUGCCAUUGUGGUCAACAGGGAUCAUGGUAUCGAUUAACUUGAGCCAAAGUUCGUUCCCUUUACUUCAAGCUAAAUCUAUGGAUAGACAUAUAACUAAACGCGUUGAAAUUCCAGCAGCCUCUUUUGGGAUAUUUACUGUCAUUGCUUUAACAGUUUGGCUUGUUGUGUAUGAUCGCGUGAUCAUUCCAUUAGGAUCAAGAAUCAGAGGUAAACCAUUUCGUAUUGGAACUAAAGAAAGAAUGGGAAUUGGGAUAUUCUUUUCUUGUAUGGCAAUGUUACUCUCUGGGAUCAUUGAACAUAUUCGUAGAAGGAAAUCAAUCGAUCAAGGCCUAUUGAACAACCCCGAGGGAGUAGUGGCAAUGUCAGCAAUGUGGCUUGUGCCACAACAUUGUUUAAAUGGAAUAGCAGAGGCAUUCAACGCGAUUGGCCAAAUAGAAUUCUAUUACUCUGAGCUCCCGAAAAGUAUGUCAAGUAUUGCUACCGCGAUGUUUGGACUUGGAACUGCUGUGGCAAAUCUGUUGGCAAGUGUGAUACUGAGCAAUGUGGAUAGUAUUACCAAAAGGGAAGGGAAAGAAAGUUGGGUUUCAAGUAAUAUUAAUAGGGGGCAUUAUGAGAAUUACUAUUGGCUUCUUGCUAUUAUGACUUGUUUUAAUUUGGUUUAUUUUAUGGUUUGUAGUUGGGCUUAUGGACCUUGUGUUGAGAGUGGGAGUAAGAAAUUGGUAGAGGAAGAUGGUGAAAUGGAACUAGAGAAUGUAUCUAGGCCAGGGUCAACCACUUGAAAUCAUGUUGAGCUAGUGGUUUAGUGUAUACAUAGUAUUUAUAAGUAAAUUAUGUUAUAAUUGCUUUGGUUGUUCAUUUUUCAAUGAGAUCUUUGAUUUGGUAUUC